ACUAUCCGAAAUACACUGUGACGUCAAAAUUGCGUCACAGUGUCACCAAACCAAAAAUUUUUGUCGGUUAAUUCAAUUAAAUUAUCGAAAUGCAAGAGCUUAUAUCUCACAAACUGUAAAAAAAUAUCGAAAAACAAAUAACGAAUUCGUGAUCAGCAGGCUCAACUUCUUUAUAAAAAUUGCCAAUAAAAUGCAAGUGCAAAAUUUAGCUGGAGAGGCCCUUUAACAGAAAACUGCAAAAACACCUGUUUGCGCGUGUGGUCAAAAGCACGCGCAAUUUAACUUGCGCGUGUGCAGGCGUGUGCGGGUGCGAUCGCACGCGCUAAACGAAAAGGACUGUAAAUAUAAACAUUGCACAACUAAUUAGAAUGAGAUACUUGUAUCAAAUAAGUCUUUGGCACUUCAAAAUUUGAAAAAGGCAUGGAAGAGCAGAAACAUAUCAUACUGUGUGAUAUUAUAUCACAUCAUACAAUUUCAACAAGACCUUACAAUCUCAACCAGUAUCAGCCCCAUCGAUCAAAUGCCCUGCCAGAUUGUCAGAGGUGUCUGGGGUUCCCUGAUUUCAAAUGCCUUCAAGUCAACUGCACUUAUUGGUCAAAGUCACCCUUCCUUUGCAGCAUUGCCUACCUAUGACGCCAAAUUAAAAGAAAAAAGAUUCUUUUCCCUUUUCCAUACAAGGACAGCAGGGACUGCUGGCUUCCAAACUUUUUGUCCUGUGCAUGUUCAACUUAUUUUUGUUUGGCUCUAGCAUUUGUCAUUAACUUGAUAAAUAAAUAUUUGGCCAGAGAAGCCUAUAGCAUAAAGUUUUUUGACGCUUUCUGAAGCCUAUGGCAUAAAGUUUUCUGACGUGGCGAAAUAGAAAUUUCCCUUUUUAUCAAUGCUCUUCCAGUUAACUGUCGCUAAAAACAGAACCAAACUAAUAAUUUUCUGAUAAAACGUUGUUGUUAACAACAAAAACAGAGCUGGGCUGGGCCUAACUUGCAUGGACCGCCUGACGUAUGGAAAAUAAGACAUUUAUUUUUGUUAUUCAUCUUUAAUUGAAAAACAAUUCAAUAAACUUACCAUUUUAGAAGUAAAUCUUGAACAGACUUAGCAUCGUACGCUGAAAAUUUUUUGUUUGGAAGUUGACAAAAUUUAAAUAUCUUUUCAAAAUGCGCCAUUUCUCAUGAUGCCUCCUUUUCCCACUUCAAGUCUCGAUUCGAUUAAAGGAAAACAUGGCGGCUACACGAAUAGUUUAUAGAAUUUUUGCCGGAAGUAAACCGAAAACAGUGGUAGAGAAAAUAAAAAUUCCAGAGCUAAAAGACGGCGAAAUUUUAGGUAAGAUGUUAGCUGCAACAAUAUGUGGAUCAGAUUUGCACACAUUAACUGGAAAACGUAUUGAAGCAAAUCCCAGUGUGUUAGGCCACGAAGGAGUCAUCGAAAUUGUUGAAAACAAAAGGGGAGGGUCCUUGUUAGGCAAAGGCGAUAGAGCAACGUUCCAUAUCGCAGAUUGCUGUAAAAAGUGCAUUUUGUGUAAAAGUGGCGUAGAGCAAAAAUGCAAAAAGUUAUUCAAGUAUGGUCACACACAGAUUGGACACCGAUCUACAGAGCUGAGUGGCUGCUAUGCUUCUCACAUUAUCCUUUUACCAGGAACACAUGUUGUAAAAUUACCUGAUAAUAUCCCGAAUAAAAUAGCUGCGCCUUUGAACUGUGCUUUAGCCACUAUGGUGAAUGCCAUAUCUUAUUCAAACCCAAGUAUGAAAUCAAGUGCCUUAGUACAGGGUGCUGGUCUGCUUGGGUUGUAUGGUUGUGUUUUGUUGAAAGAGAAAGGCUUUGAUAAAGUGUAUUGUUCAGAGGUUAAUACAGCAAGAUUGUCACUGGUUGAACAUUUUGGUGGCAUACCUAUUGGACCAACAUAUCCUACAAAGCUUGAAGAUGAGUCAGUUGACUUAGUUGUAGAGGUAUGUGGAGUUCCUAGUGUGUUCAAAGAAGGAAUCCAAGUUCUUAGACCUGGUGGGGUCUAUGCUUUGGUUGGUAUGGUGCAUCCAAAUUCAAAACUUGAUAUAACAGCUGAGCAAAUUAUUCGCAAGUGUAUUACAAUAACAGGUGUUCAUAACUAUUCUUCAAAACACCUUGAUGAGGCUGUGGAGUUGCUGUCAAGAACUAUUGAUAAAUAUCCCUUUUCAAAACUUCUUAGUCCUUCUUAUGCACUGUCACAAUUUGAUGAUGCUGUUGAGGAGGCUCUAAGUCAAUCUUAUCUCAGAGUUGUUAUCGAAGCAGCCCAAGAAUAGAAUGUGGUCGCUGACCCUUGGUUGCUUUACUACAACAGAUUUGGUGGUUUUAAAAGGUUGAGAAAUCACAGUCAACAUAACACUAAAUGAAAUUGACAAUAUUUUUGUAAAAUUUCCUUGUAAAAAUUUAAAUUAGUUUUUAAUUGUAUGUUGGGAAGGCUUCUAGUGUUUGUAUUUUUAACUUUUGUAUUUCUAACCUUUGUAAAAAGAUUGAAAA